UUCCGCCUUUCCUCCUCCCCUCUUCUCCUCUCCUCUUCCACCCCCCCUCCCUCUUUCGCCGAAGAGAGAGAGAGGGCUUCGCCAAGGGCUCCUCCUCUCGCCGUAGCCUCCGUCCUUCUUCUUCUCCCUUCCUUGUCGGCGUCCGGCGCGAUCGCAGCACCGUCCGCAGAGAGGAUCUCCGGCGAGGUAUGCAGUCGGAUCAGACGGUCCUGAGCUUGAGGCCUGGCGGCGGUGGCAACCGAGGUAGCAGACUCCUUGCCCCCCGCUUCGAUUUCGGCGGCUCUUCCCUCAACUCCUCCUCCUCCUCUUCGGCGGCGUCGGAUCUCCCUGUCCUCCGCCCCCAUGGCGGCGCCGGCACCGCCCUGUCUUUCAAGGCUGGAGAUUCAUGGUUUGAGGGUCGUGAACGCAUUCGUUACACGAGAGACCAACUUUUACAACUUCAUGAGGUUGUCGAGAUCCCCGAAGAUAUUCUGAAAGUUAAACAGGAGAUUGAGGCUGAAAUAUACGAUGAAGAUCAGACUUGGGGUCGCAGUGAAGCCAAUUUGCAAACUCAAUCACAGAGUCGCUAUUAUGAGCCAGAUAAUCGUGAUUGGCGUGGACGUUCAGGACAAUUGCCCUCAGUUGGAGAGGACAGGUCGUGGGAUAGAAUACGUGAUAAUAAAGAGGCACAUGCAUCCAAUUUGAGACCACAAGAAAUAAACCAAUUUAAUAAGCAAGACCAACUGAGUUCCCAAUUUUCUUCGAAAGCUUCCUUGCAAGGGGCGGGACCUGCACCUGCUCUGCUCAAGGCUGAAGUGCCAUGGUCUGCUCGAAGAGGCAAUCUUACAGAGAAGGAACGGGUUCUGAAAACAGUAAAAGGUAUAUUGAACAAGCUGACUCCAGAGAAAUUUGAUGUUCUCAAGGGCCAACUGAUUGAUUCUGGAAUCACAACACCCGAUAUUCUAAAGGAUGUCAUCACACUCAUAUUUGAAAAAGCUGUUUUUGAGCCCACCUUCUGUCCUAUGUACGCUCAAUUGUGUUCUGAUCUCAAUGAGAAGCUCCCUCCAUUUCCCUCUGAAGAACCGGGUGGGAAAGAAAUCACUUUCAAGCGUAUACUCUUGAAUAUUUGUCAGGAGGCAUUUGAAGGUGCUGACAAUCUAAGGGCUGAGAUUAGAAAGUUGACAGGCCCAGACCAAGAAAUGGAACGCAGGGAUAAAGAGCGAAUGGUGAAGCUCCGCACUCUAGGUAACAUCCGCCUUAUUGGUGAGCUUCUAAAGCAGAAAAUGGUGCCAGAGAAAAUAGUGCAUCAUAUUGUUCAGGAGUUAUUGGGGCAUGAUGUCAAAACUUGCCCUGCUGAGGAAAAUGUCGAGGCAAUCUGUCAAUUCUUCAACACCAUCGGGAAGCAGUUGGAUGAGAGCCCCAAGUCUCGUCGUUUUAAUGAUGCCUAUUUCAACCGGCUGAAGGAGCUGAUAAUGAACCCCCAGCAUGCAUCAAGAGUUAGGUUUAUGGUUCGUGAUGUCCUUGACCUCCGUGCCAACAACUGGGUCCCUCGACGUGAAGAAGUGAAGGCCAAGACCAUCACUGAAAUUCAUAGUGAGGCAGAAAAGAAUCUCGGGUUGCGCCCAGGAGCAACCGCAAACAUGAGAAAUGGUCGUAAUGCUGGUUCUUUAGGAGGCCUCAGCCCCAGUAGUUUACCCAUAAACCGACCUGGAACUGGGGGUAUGAUGCCUGGAAUGCCUGGAACAAGGAAGAUGCCUGGAAUGCCUGGGCUGGAUGGGGACAACUGGGAAGUUCCACGGAGCAGAUCCAUGCCCAGGGGAGAAGUUAAUCGUGUCCAGAGUCCUUUAGUUGGCAAGCCAUCGCCCAUCAACGCCAAGCUAUUACCUCAAGGUAGUGGUGGCCUGAUGGCUGGUAAAACUAGUGCAUUGUUACAGGGUAGUGGUCCCCCGUCUCGCCCCUCUAGCCUUAUUUCAAGUCCAAUAGAUUCUCCAUCUCAGAAUAUUCGGGCCUCGAAACCUCUUCCACAAGCGCCACCGCCUGUGAUCCCAGACAAGCCAAUGGCUGCACCAAGGUUAAAUCCUAAGGAGCUACAUAAGAAGACUGUUGCUCUUUUGGAAGAGUAUUUCCACAUCCGCAUACUAGAUGAAGCACUUCAAUGCGUGAAGGAACUGAAGAGCCCUGAAUACCACCCAGAAGUUGUCAAGGAAGCCAUCAAUCUAGCUUUGGACAAGGGCCAAUCAUGUGUGGAUCUUGUUGUUCAACUUUUGGAAUACCUGUUGGCUUCUAAGGUUCUUACACCAAGAGACUUGGGGACUGGCUGUUCGCUUUAUGGGGCAAUGCUGGAUGAUGUUGGUAUCGAUCUGCCGAAAGCACCAACUUAUUUUGGUGAAGUGGUUGGUAAACUGAUUCUUUCUGGUGGUCUUAGUUUCAAGGUAGUGGAGGAAAUUCUCAAGAAAGUUGAAGAUUCCAGAUUUCAGUCAGCAAUGUUUGAUGCUGUGAUGAAAACCAUCAAAGCGAGCCUCAAUGGUCAGGCGGUACUGGGUAGUCAGGCAACUGAUAUCAAGGCCUGUGAAAGCCUUCUCUCUUAAAUUUAGCACUAUUGGCUGCUAUCUCUAGUUGCUUCCCUCAAAACAUCUGUAACUUUGAUAAGACAUGUUUCGUACCUUCUCUCAUUCCUUUGUCUUUCCUCUGUUUUUAGUAUGAGGUAAGCAACUCAUAAUGCAAUUACCCUAUGUGGUCUGUGAGGAGCAGUUAAUUUUCGAGUUGUAUAUUUCUGCGAGGUCACAUUAAGUUUAUUAUUUUAUUCAAGAUGAUAAGAAAACAUAACCAUGGAUUUUGGUCUGA